CCGCGAUGGGGCCGCGGCUGCUGCUGGUGCCGCUCGGGUGCCUCGCGCUGCUGCUGCCGCCGCCCCGCGCCGCCGAGUUCAGCCCCUCCCUGGACAGCGACUUCACCUUCACGCUGCCCGCCGGCCGCAAGGAGUGCUUCUACCAGCCCAUGCGCAAGGAGGCCUCGCUGGAGCUCGAGUACCAGGUUCUGGAUGGAGCAGGAUUAGAUGUUGAUUUUCAUCUGCUGUCCCCGAAAGGUGAAACUCUAGUUUUUGAUGAAAGAAAAUCAGAUGGAGUUCAUACGGUGGAAACAGAAGAUGGGGAUUACAUGUUCUGCUUCGACAACACAUUUAGUACCAUUUCUGAAAAGGUGAUUUUCUUUGAAUUGAUCCUGGACAAUAUGGGAGAAGAUGGUCAAGAUGAGGAAGACUGGAAGAAGUAUGUUACAGGCACAGAUCUCCUAGACAUGAAACUGGAGGAUAUUCUGGAAUCCAUCAACAGUGUCAAAGCCAGAUUAAGCAAAAGCGUCCAGAUUCAGACCCUGCUCAGAGCAUUUGAGGCUCGUGACCGAAACAUACAAGAAAGCAACUUUGACAGAGUGAAUUUCUGGUCCAUGGUCAACUUGGGAGUAAUGGUGGUGGUAUCAGCUGUUCAGGUUUACAUGUUGAAAAGUCUCUUUGAAGACAAGAGAAAAAGUAGAACUUAAUAUUCCUUAAUGUUCAUAUUAUGAUGGUAACAAUAUAACAGGUAUAGGGGAGAAGGGGAGCAAUAACCUACAGUAAAGAAAAUAAAGACUUUUCAGAUUCUUUUGAACAGACAGUAAAAAUCAGGUUUGCAAUUCAUGUUGGGCUUUUUGGAUGUGAUAGUACUGGUGUUUGUGUUUGGGGGUUUUCUGUUGUUUUUUUGUGGUGGUUUGUUGUUUUUGUUUUUUAAACAUGAACAUAAUGCCUUCCUCCCAAGCUCUCCCAUUUUUCCAAAUGCUACUAACUAUUUUUUUGUACUUGUAGGAUUUGUUAAUGAUUGUUAAUGCCUACUUUAUGCAUAGCACACUUGGUGCAUAUGCAAAGUAAUGUUAAUAUAACUGUCAUUUUCUUCAUUUUCACAUAAAAGUUUAAGUAGUAACUUAGACAUUGGUUUAGUUGCUGUUAAAUACUGAGUAAAUUUACAUGUGCCUACGUUUACAGGAUUGAUAGUUACUGUCAUUUUUCUUCAAAAUUAUAUGUUUUUAAAAAUCCCCAGUUUUUGUUUCUUUGGCAUCAUGGAGAAACACUGGGCUAACUAUGUAAGAACAUGAGAUCUCUUUUUAUAGCAGAUGACUAAUAUCAGCACUUUAAAAAAAGCACUGUCAAUGUGAAAUUGAGGCAGUUUUGAAAAACAAUUGGAGCACAUAGGUACAAUUCUUGUUCAUAAAUCCUUCUGUCCUGUAGUUGCACAAUCUUAUUUUCCUUUUUGGCUGUUACAUGGGACAAGUGACUACACGGUAUAAAAAUACUGGCACACUUUGAAGUAUGACCUGCAAAUUCUUAGUUACUGUAACCUCAUGUAAUAGAUAAUUUUUUAAAAAAAAGUAAUUUCUCUUUUUUUUUCCUUUUAAUAAAGGUGGGGGUGUCAUGAUAUGCCAAAACAAACACUGAUUGUUGUAGUCUCAAAAUCCCUCUUAUUUUCCACUUUAUUUUUAUUACAAAUAUGACUAAUGUAACAGUCAGUUGACUUACAUGGGCAUAUAAAACCAAAGCUGUUCACCUAAAGUUUCCCUUUUGCUCACCCUAAAAGUCUUUCAGUUACAUAAUUACAGUCUUCAUAUAACCCAUGUUUCUGUACCUAGCUGUUCAUCUGAAUAAGGCACAAAUCACAAGAGGAGUAAGUUUUAAAAUCAACUGAAUAUGUAGUAUCACUAAGGCAAAGCUAAUACCAAAUCAGAAAUUCAUAACACCUGGAUGAAGUGGCUUUUAACAGUGUAGUGAGGGUAUAGUUUUUGCCAAAACCCCGGUGCAUGAGAAUGAACUUAUUUUUAGUAGUUUCAAGUUAAUAAUUUUUACAAUGUGCCAAGUCAUUAGAAUUUCUUGUAUAAAUGUGUUAACUACAUUUCAUCGUUAAGAGUUUUUUUUAAACUUUAUUAAAAACACUUUUUUAAAAAGUGUUUUUAAAAAAUUGUAUGUAGUAGCGUUGUGCCUGUUAUGGGGUCAUCUGUAUGAAUGGCAGAGUUGCAACUUUGAAACUUUCUGUGAUUAAAUAUUGUUUUAUUAAUAAAAACAGGGUCAAUAGGUGCAUUGAAGAAAUACAUUGUUCAAAUGAAACAGAUGCUAGCAAGGGCUACAGAACAUAGAAACAGCACUUCAACUUCUGACCAGAGGACCUAGCAAUAAUAUUUCUAAAUAGUUUUUAUAAGCAAAAGUAUUAUUAUUAUAAUUAUUACAGAACUUGUUAUAGAGGGCUCCAAAUGCUGUUGAGCUACUUCAUCUUUCUGCCAAGCUGUGUCAAAUAAGACUGUACCCCUUUAAGGUUUUGUGUAUCUUCCUUCCAUAUGAUGCUUUCUAUUCUAAACUGCCUGGAAGUAGAAGGCUUAUUUCUAUGAUAAGAACAAUGUCUAGGAAAAAAUAAUUCUUUCAGCUAGAGUAGCAAAUGAUGUUUUCCUGCCAUUUCCCUGUCCCUCUCCCAGUAGCACUAUACCAUGUUAUCUUUGCAUGCAUCACCAAUGUGUGAUGCUCCAACUAUUUGCAAAUUGCUGAAGCAGCUCUGGGAAGCUGUGACUAAGACAUCUACCUCUGCUCUCCAAGCUACUAGAGUCGAGAUUUCAGCUUAGAACUCCAACAGAUAACUCUGCCAAGUUUUCCAAGGGCACCUUAAGGGAUUGGGUUCCCCAGCUGCUCUGCUGUGCCUCUCUGUAGUUACACAUCACUGGCAAAACCAUUUGAUGUCCCAGUUUAACCUCCUACAGGACUGCUGCAGUUCAGUGUCUCCUCUGGGAGAAGGAAAAUGCAACAAUUGGCAGAGUUCAUCUGGAAGAAAUUACUGUUUUGCAACUAAGAGCUCUGACUGUAUUUGCUCUUCAUUCAAGGUCCACUAGAGAAAAUGAAAGCA